UGUACACAGGAUUGUACAACAUGGCGACAAGAUGCGUCCUUGAUCACCAAAACAAAAUACAAAUUUUGCAAUGAAUAUCGAAGUAGUAGCGCGAAUACGCUCUCCAAGUAGAGGGGAAAUUGCUUCUCUAAACGUCUCAGGAACUCGAAUCGAAACAUCCAGUCGGAUUGGACAUAUUUUCGAUGCAGUUUACAAGCCCCAUGUUCUAACUUACGAUAUUUACAAAGAUUCCUUUUCAUCCCUUGUCGACUUCUUCAUCGCAGGAUAUAAUGUGUCUUUUGCAACAUCUUCUGGCCAGGCUGCAACCAUGCUCAUUGCACAUUUGAUGAAGAGCGGCAACCACAUUGCUUGUGUUGAUAAUGUUUAUGGAGGAAUAUACCGUUAUUUCAGCAGAGUAAUGRCAAGCUCUAUGGGAAUAGAAGUAACCUUCARUGACUUCACWRACCUGGAAAACGUGAAAAAAGCAAUAAAGCCAAAUACUAAGUUUGUUUGGAUAGAGACGCCAACCAACCCCCUAUUGAAGCUGAUCAACAUCAAGGCAGUUGCAGAAAUUGUCCAUCAACAUGAGGGUGUUUUAUUGGUUGUGGACAACACAUUUUCAUCUUCAUAUUUCCAGAGGCCACUGUCCCUUGGAGCCGAUAUUGUAAUGCACUCUGUUACAAAAUACAUGAAUGCUGUCGGUCCUGUGCCGAGCCCAUUUGACUGCUAUCUGGCCAAUCGUGGCCUCAAAACAUUACACGUACGAAUGAAGCAGCAUGGUGCUAAUGCUUUUGCUGUUGCUAAGUUCUUGGAGAAAGAUAACAGAUGUUUGAAGGUUCUGUACCCAGGACUUGAGUCCCAUCCACAGCAUGAUUUAGCCAAACAGCAAAUGACAGGCUUUGGAGGAAUGGUAACAUUUUACAUUAAAGGUGGUCUUGCUCAGGCACAAGAAUUCCUCAAGAAAGUCAAGGUUUUUACCCUUGCUGGAAGUCUUGGUGGAUUUGAGAGUCUUUGUUGCCUACCGUCUGUCAUGACACACACUUCUGUGCCACCAGAUCAGAGAGAAGCCCUAGGAAUCUCUGAUAACAUGUCUGGAAAGUCGUACUCUUUGGCUGGCGAGAAAACAGCUAAAGCUGGAAUAGUUCCUCUACUUAUAAAUGGCGUGUUCUUAAAGUUGAAAGAACUGAACAAAAUCGGCGAGAACAGAGUUCAGGUGAACAGAGCAGUUGAAGGUCGAGUUACUGUACGAUGUCUUCAAGUUCACAAUGAAACUAUGAAAGAUCUCUUAAGCCCAAUUCACGAAGAAAGGCAGCUUGAUCUUAAAGAAGACCCAGUAAAAGGCAUUGAAAUUCUWAAUAUCACCACAAAGCAAGUGUUAGAUGCUGCAGAAUGUACAGCAGUGUUCAGACAAGCCAUGGAUUCAGUAACUCACACGCAAACAGAUUAUGGUCAKGAAGACACACGAUCAGCUCUAAUUUUUACUCUUGAUCUGUUAAAGGUUCACAAAGAUAUGCCUGAACCUUAUAAUUCUCGAUUAAUGGUUGUGAAGUUACCUGGUGCUGAGAAGCUUGCCGAAGACCCCACCCAGCUGAGRAUGAGAGAAGGUCCCACCCUUAACCGCUCAAUUUUGUCUUUCCAAAAAGUGGUAUCAUCAUUGGCAUCAUCUCGCUCAGCAUCAAGAGUAAUCAACUAUAGUGAUUCUAAACUAACAAUGCUUCUAAAAGAUGCUCUUGGUGGCAACUGUAAGACGAAGGUCCUUGUCACCUUAAAGUCUGUUGAAACCCCUGCUCUGGGUACAAUUCUAACUACAGCAGGACAGCUAGCACAGAUAUUGAACUAUCCUGUUAUAAAUGAUCAUCUUGCACAGAAAUUGAUUAGCCAAUACAGRACAGUCAUAAUUAGUCUUCAAGACGACCUAAAACAUAGUGGGUUAAAACCAGGAGAUGCUAGAGACAGUAAAGUACAAGAAAUGAAGGACCAAUUAGCCAAGAUGUCAAAUGAAAAUGCAAAGUUAUUAGAGGGAAGAGAACAACUCUAUAGGCGCAUUGUUGAGCUSGAAUCMAAGUACACAGAAGCCACAUCGUCAUGGAAACAGCUGUCAACAAAACUAGAACUAAGUGAUGAAGAAAAACUUCAGAUUUACAAAAAUCUUGUGGAUCUUCAGCUUGAAAACAACAAAAUUCUCGAAGAAGCUGCUGCUGAUAAAUACGAACUCACAAAUAGGAUCUUAUCAUUGGAGAAUCAAGUCAGUGUGCUCGACAAUUCAUCWGAGCGUGAUAGACAAGCUGCUGAGCAUGCUAAUAGAGCACUUGAUGAACUCCGAACAGAACAUAAAGAACUCAGUGAUGAAUACCUUGUUUUGAAGACAAAUCAUAUUGAACUAUCAAACGAUUAUCAGCAAGAGGUUUCUAAGAAUGAAGAGCUUGGACUAGAGUUGGUCCACCUAUCUAACAUAAAAGAAAGAUUACAAAAGGAUAAAGAAGAAGUUGAAAUUGAAACAAUGCAGGAGUACUACAGCCAACUGCGUAAACUCGCAAGCAAGUUCUCGCGAAGCUCUCUUCAAGAAAAGAAUGAUAUGUCCAGGAGCCUGGUUUCACUUCGUUCAGAGAACUUACAGCUUGAAAAGCAACUCUUCAUGACAAACAGUGCUAAAGAAGGCGUGAUUGACACCCUAAAGGGUGAACAUCGCAAAGAGUUAGCAAGACUAGAAGACAGCAUCAAUGCCCUCAAGAUGAAAAUAAAACAGCUCCAAGCUUCACAGAGAGAUAGUCAACGAAAGCUYGCAGGCCAGUCGGCAGAACUUAUAACGUCACAAGCGGACAAGAGACGACUUGAAGAACAAAAUGACAAACUUGAUCAACAGCUGAAAGAAAUCAGCGUUGAGUAUAGCAACAGAUUACAACAAUACAUUCAUGAUAUAUCAGUUUAUUGUGGUCAAUUAUCAGGUCAACAGGUGUCGUUAGAAUCUCUACAGGCCUACAUCGACGCUAUGGUUAGAAAGGUUCGCGAUGCUCAGGAACACAGAGUAUUAACACUAGAGGAGCGCGUCAGUGCUUUGAAGGACAGCCUUAGAGAAACAACAAGAAAACAUGGCAAGCUUCUAUCUGCGUACAGUGUUCUGCGCUACGACCUCGAAUCAUCCAAAAUUUCUUGUGCGCAAAAUAACGACGAGUACUUGUACCAGCCUUCGCAAGAGGAAUUGGACAGCGCACAGACUCAGGAAAUAAGGAAACUGACUGAGAAAAUUCACAAAUACGAACAAAACAUCAAAGAAUUGAAAAAUGAGUUGUCUUAUGCCAAAACAAAGCGAGAAAACGUUUCUUUARCGACGUCAAACGGGAUUGACAGCAACCAGCACAAUGCUUUGGAUGGUUCAACCGAGGGAAACUGGAGUCAUCUCAGGAAACUUAUGCGUGAAUUCACUUUGAAUACACAGCAAGAUUUAGAGAACGAGAGAGCUUCUCUCAUGACAAGAUGCAUUGUUGCUGAAGAGCAAGUUGUUAGUUUGCAAGAAUAYAUCGACACACACCUCAARAGGUACUUCGAAGAAAUUGCCAGGUUAAGAAGAAGGUUAGGUGAAAGUGACCGCGUGAAUAGCGCCGAUGCUGCCCUACCUUCCAGCAGUUAUGGACAAAUUGGCGACAAAAGAUGGGGUAGAUAGAAUAGUUUGUAUAUAACAGCUGUUGUAAAAUGCAUGUAUUUAUAAUGUGAUUCGAGUUAGCCGAUUAUUUUGCGUCACAAGUUUUCUUGAAGAAUCGUAACUAGAGUGAAAGAAAUUUAUAUGACUGUACAGCCCUGCUUGACCAUCAUACGAAAAAAAAAAAUAUUGGGAUAUGUAAAAGCAAGUGUCCUCUUUUUGGAGCAUUUCCUCAUCUACCGCACUCGCCUUCGUCUCGUACAUUCUCCUUGACUUCUCUCGUUCAUGAGUUAUUUCCUUAAUGUUAGAAACAUUGACACUGAAAAACAGAAUCCAUGCACUAAAUAUCUUGAUAAUAAGUCAUGCUGAAAUAUUCAGCAAAAUCAGCUUUUUUCAAUUUUUAUUUUGCUUGUUUGGAAAACGUUUCAAAGGAUAUAUUUUAAGGUGUAUAUAGUGUUAAUUACUAGUAUAUUCUAUGGCUAUCGCACUCSUGCUGAUCGUGAAUCCUUCCGAACUAAAAAUAACGAUUUUAGAUUCAGUGUCACUCAGUGUGGUAUAUGUAUACAUGACAUUGUGGUACUUGAAUUUUAUUACACUUAAAUAAAAAAACGUCAAAAUAUCAUGAUUUGAUGAAGAUAUUUCAUAUAGCUAACAAACAAAAAUAUAAUCUUUAAUAAUAAAUACGGCUGUCAAAUUCAAAUGAAUAGGGACUGUAUGUUAAGCAUGUUUUUUUUUGUUAAAAUUCAGAGCAGGUGCCGUAUUUGUUUCUUUGGCACAAAUUGGGAAAAUUAGUUGGUUUCAGCUCGAAAUAUCUGAAAUUGAUACAAUAUUUUGUGUUGUUGAUAAAUUCGUUAACCAAUUGAUUAAAUAUAUAUUAUUUAAAAAAAAAAUGUGAAUGUUAUUCAUGUCGAGAAAGUUGGCAAAAGUAAAUAAAGAUGUUUUCAGUGUUGCUAUAGAAACMGCUAUUCAGAAUACAGCAGGGUCUUGAACGUUUACA